UUUGUUAAUAAAUAUAGGGUGUCCUACUUUGAAUUUCUAAUUCAAAAUAAUUCAUUAAUUUAAUUUGUAAUGUUAAGUAAUCAUUUAACAAGCUGAAACAUUUAUUUUUUUUAUAAAACCAUUCAAAUAAAGAAAAUAACUUAAUAUAAAUUCUCAUUCCUACAAAAAUUAGACUAUAUAACAUUUUGAAUUAAUAAAAAACACUUUUAAAAGUAUAUUAUUAUCUGAAUUCUAACGGCUGCUCUCCUUAUUUAAUUAUUUUAAAUAAAUUCCAAAAGCCGUAAAAUUUAAUGUUAAAUAAAAAUCGUUAAGAGUUUUAUCGUUCCAUUCUCGCAAUUUAAAUAUGGAAAACAACAUUUUAAGAAUAAUUUUUGCAGCGACAAAUAUUUCGACUGAUCUACAAAGAAAAUGUAGCAACAAAGGUAGUAUUUGCAGUGAACCAAGACAUGGUAUAAUAUUAGUUGUUGAAGCAAUGUCAUGACACUAAUUAUUGUAAACGAAAAUUGUCGAAGGUUUUGAAAGAAGCGGGAGGUCCAUCAACUUUAUAAAAGCUCAAUAUAACCGACUUAUUCUAGUUUCUAGUUAUUGUAUAUAAACGUGAGUGCGGUGAACAAACCGUGCAAGGGCUGUAGAAGAGGCUACCAAUAUGAACAUUUUUUUCCUUCUACUACUGGUGAAUACGCUUUUAUUAUGGUUUGAGGCGAUUACAUGUCAAGAACUACAAGAUUAUCGUCUUAUGAAUUCCCUAACCCUCACACUUCGUCCUCCCAAAGAGGACAUCCAUUUUAAACCCUUUUUUAACGCCCCACAAUAUCAAGCAAUUAUGCAUAAACCCGAUCAACCACAAUACAAAGUAAAGGAAUACAACGAAGAAUAUCCAAUUCAACAGUUUCAGUCUAUAAAAGAUAAAUACCGCAUUCAACCCGUUUUUCCUCUAAAUCAAUAUACAUCUACCACGUACACCAGCUACAAAUCAAAUCAAUCCAAACCACAAAACAAAAAAGUGGCCCUCGUUAAAGGAUACCAAAACAAGAAAAACAUUGAAAAAGUACAUGAACAACUGGCACAACCCCAAUUUCAAAGUCUUCAACAAAUAAAACGAUCACCCAUUCAAUUGUCCGGGCCCCAAAUGAAAUACGGAAAUUACCAUUUACGACAACAACCCCUAGAUAUUCCAGAGAUCCAAUUACCCUCUAUACAAGUCCAACAAUUGCACCUACCUAAUAAGACUCACAGUCUUGAAGGAAAAUCUAAUAAGGACAAUCUCGUUCCGUCUGAUGAAUUAAAAGCUCCUUCGAUGGAACCAUGGAAUUCUAACAACGACUCCAACCUUUAUUACAAGGUUUUGUCGUCCUUAACCAAAAUGGAAACUCCAAUAAACUACUAUCCGAGAAAGUAUAAUCCGGAAGUGGAUGAAAAAGUAAAACCACUUUUGAUCAAACCCAAGCAACAGUUUGGCCUUCUUCCAGUAACUACAGAAACUAUGCCAAAACAGGAACAGAAGGAGAAACAGAAGGCCCAGCAGAACUUCGAAAAACCUCGGAACAAGAAACUGAUUAUUUCCAAUAAUAAAGUACAGAAAACAGUUCAAUCAAAAUCUAUACAAAAUAGUAAUAACGGCAAGGAGCCGAUUGCUGAAGAGUCCACAAACGGUUUCAGCCAGGGUUUCGAUUUUAAUGGAGAAAUUCAUAAUACUGCUUCUUUGGGAACCGAAUAUAAUUCUGCGGAAAAUAACAGCAAUGAAAUAAAAUCUCCGAAUGGUUAUCACCAUAACAGACGAGCUCCUAAAGAUAGGGUCGAAUUUCAAAUGCACGGCUAUGACGGGCCUUUAAGCUACAAAUGGGGCUUUGACACAGGAGAGGGUCGCAAUCGACACUUUAGGUACGAAGAAAGGGAUAAACUUGGGCAUGUAAAGGGACAUUAUGGUUACUAUGAUAAACGAGGAAAGUUAAGAAUGGUUCAUUACAAUGCAAGCCCUAAAGAAGGAUUCAUUGCAGAAACAGAAAAUUUUGGAAAAGUUAAUACAAAAUAACCACAUUAAUGUACACGUAUAACUGUCCAGUAGUCUUACUUUUUUACUAAUAUAACCAAAGAUCAUUUUUUUAUUUCUU